CCCGCGGCCGCGGGCGUCCCUCUGCGGGGCUGCGUGGACUCCCGUCGUAGAGCCCCAGACGACCCCCUCGCCCUCCCCUCCGUCCCGCCUCCUCUCGGUGCUGCAGGGGGGUGGCCCGGGGGGUCUCCGUGGCCGCACGCCACCCCGCCCCCGCGGGCUCUGGGACUCGCAGCGGCCUUCUCAGCCGCGUCCCCCCUUCCCCGGCUCCCCUUAAACAACCUGGGCCCUUUCCCAGCCCCCAGCCUCCGCACGCCCGGGUGCCCGGGGCUCAGCCUCGGCUGCUCUCCGACCCCUCCGUGCCGCUGGCUCAGCCCUGCCAGCCCUGGCCUCUCCCUGACCUCCAGCCGCCUCAGCAGCCUCCUUGGGUGUCUGUGGAGCCCUUCAAAGCCAACACAUCCACCAGCAGUGCUUUCCUGCACGCCCAGCUGCCCUCCACCGCCUGCUUUGUUCUCCUUGUCCAUCUCGGUUCACCUCACUGUCGUGAUGCCAUUGGUCCAAAAAUAAGGGUGUCAUUCUUGAGUCCUUUUUCAUUUUACCCCCUUUCAAAAUCCCCCUUGAGUCGGGUGGUUCCAUUUCCAAAGCACCUGUGAACCUGGCCCCAGCCGCCGCAUCCACUUCCCAAGUGGGCAGGGGCUAGUGCCUGCUCAGCCCACACGGAGCCCCGAGGACUUGUCUUCAGUCUUCCAGGUGCUCCCACUGGCUGUGCCAGGAUAAACCCAGACUCCUCCUCCUGACCUGUGAGAGCUGUGCCCUUUGAUACCCUGCCUCUCUGUCCUGGUCGCUUAGGACACCCCUCCCUCAGAAAGCUCACCUCCCCUGCUUGUCUGCUUCUCUAAAUUCAUUCCUGUGUAGAGACCUCACAUUAGAUGUGUAUGCCCUAUGCCCAAAUGCCCGUCCCCCGGUCUUCUGUCUGGUAGCCGCAGCCUCUUCCUUUUUCUGAGGGCCGCCUGACUCAGAGCAGCCUGCCCUGACUGUGCUCCAGGGCCACUCCCCCCCAUUGCUUCACUCCUGCCUGAGGUGCUCCCCUGCACCUGCCUUCUCCUGGCCGCCUCCAGGGUGGCUCGGUGCUCCCAACAGUGCAAGGCACCCUGUGUGUUCGUGGCUGUUUCUGUUUCUGCCGAGGGUGGGGAAGCUCUUCAGGAGGCGCAGCACUCGGGUAUUAGGGGUCACCUUGGAGUCAGCACCAGCUCUGCUCCCCAGGUCUCUGCUGUGGCCACCUGAGCCUGCAGGAUGUUUCACGGGAUCCCAGCCACUCCCGGCCUGGGAGGAAGUGAAGCUGUACAAGAAUGCCCGUGAGCGGGAGAAGUAUGACAACAUGGCAGAGCUGUUUGCGGUCGUGAAGACGAUGCAGGCCUUGGAGAAGGCGUACAUCAAGGACUGCGUCUCCCCCAGCGAGUACACUGCGGCCUGCUCCCGGCUCCUGGUCCAGUACAAAGCCGCCUUCCGGCAGGUUCAGGGCUCAGAGGUCAGCUCCAUCGAUGAAUUCUGCCGCAAGUUCCGCCUGGACUGCCCGCUCGCCAUGGAGAGGAUCAAGGAAGACCGGCCCAUCACCAUCAAGGAUGACAAGGGCAACCUGAACCGCUGCAUUGCUGAUGUCGUCUCGCUCUUCAUCACGGUGAUGGACAAGCUGCGCCUGGAGAUCCGAGCUAUGGACGAGAUCCAGCCCGACCUGCGGGAGCUGAUGGAGACCAUGCACCGCAUGAGCCACCUGCCCCCCGACUUCGAGGGCCGCCGGACGGUCAGCCGCUGGCUGCAGACCCUGAGCGGCAUGUCGGCCUCUGACGAGCUGGACGACUCGCAGGUGCGCCAGAUGCUCUUCGACCUGGAGUCGGCCUACAACGCCUUCAACCGCUUUCUGCACGCCUGAGCCCCGGCCCCCCUGCCCCCGCCUCCCGCGAGGCUUCCGGCGCCCCCCGCACGUCUGUGUACGUUUCACCGUCCACAGUGGCCCCGUCUGUGGGUCUGUCCAUGCUGUCUCGCGCCAGGAGCCCCCCUACCCCCAAUAAAGAUGCUUUCUGAUCU